GAUAGGAAAGUUCGAGUACUUAAAAUGACUGAAAUUAGCCCUUUGAUGACUCCGGUCGUAAAAGAUUAUUAUGAGAAUGAUAUUAUUCCAAUUUAUAGUAUCAAGUAUGGGAUUGAACAAAAAAAGUUUGAGAAGGACUUGGAUUGUUUGUUAAUCAAAUCUAAAGAAACUUUUAAAGACAAAUUGCAUCAUUAUGAUUCAGAUAUUCUGCCAUUUGUUAAUUAUAGUAGAGAAUGGCGUGUUUUUGUUGAAGGGGGAUAUGGUGAGAAGGCUGAUAAGUUUUAUAAAUCUAAAUCGAUUGUGAUUGAGAAGGUGCUUGACAAAAAAAGAGUCGUCGAAAUGGCUGAAAAUACAUUCAAGAAGCAUUUGAUAUAUGUGGAAGAUGAUGAUUAA